UGUUGCUAUGCGAGCGGCGGCCGGGUGGAAAAAGAUGGCGGCGGUGGAGCCGGGGUCCCGGGCCUGGGAGAGGAGGCCGGACCGGCGGUUGUGACAACAUGGAGGUGGCCGGGACCAGCGCCGGUCUAUGGGAGAGGAGGGGGAGCCCGGGACACCCGGCUCAGGAGCACUGUCCUGGUGUGAACAAUAAGUCCUACGUGUGUGAGAGCGGCCACUGCUGUGGGGAGACUGGCUGCUGCACCUACUACUAUGAGCUGUGGUGGUUCUGGCUCCUCUGGACUGUUCUGAUCCUGCUCAGUUGCUGCUGCGCCUAUCGCCAUCGACGCGCCAAGCUCCGCCUACAGCAUCAGCAAAGGCAACGGGAGAUCAACCUCAUUGCCUACCAUCGUGCCUGCCACUACCCGCCAUCUAUGCUGGACCUUAGAGUGCUGUCAUCCUUCAAGCUUCCGGCCUACGAGGAGGUGGCGUAUCGGCCCACCACGCCUCCACCGCCAUACAGCUCCGUCCUGGCCCAGCUGGGGCUCCCGUCGUCUUCUCCACCCCCGCCAUCAGACCCUCCCUCCUUCUCGGCCAGCUCGGAUCAUUCCAGCAGCUGCUCCUGUACGUCCGGCUGCAUGUUAUCUGGGAGCAGCUCCUUCUCCGUCCAGGUGACGGAUGAGACCGGUACCAGUGACGGCCGCAGCUGGGAUCACACCCCCGAGGAGGAGGAGGAGGAAGAGGAGGUGCAGGGGGCGUGCGGCCAGGAGCGCUCCCUUCAUAAGCAGACUGCCUUCUCCUCCUAUGUGGACUUCUAUGAUUCUCACCAGUGCUGGGACAUUGAGGAGGAGGAGGAUGAGGAGGAGGAACAUUAUCGGCACAGGAGACUGACCGGGGACUCGGGGAUCGAAGUCUGCCUCUGCCAGGUGGAGGAGGAGGAUGGAGAAGACAGCGGGCAGCUGCACGAUGAUCCCGCCUGUGCACAGAGGAGUAAAUCCACAGAAGCCCCGGCAGAGAAGGGAGACACCGAGCCAAACUCCCCCAUCCAGCCCGUGUAACCAGGAGAAGGCCGGGGUGGGGGCUAUAUCCUAGACCUGUAAUUAGUAAGUCUACUGAGGGCGGCGGAGCAGCAGAAGAAUACAUGUAGCGGUGCUGAGGACCCCGCCUGUGCUGGGGUUGCAUUGGACAGUUAUUUGAUGCUGCAGGGCCGGUUCUACAGGGUCCUAAUGACCAGCCCUCUCAUGUGACUGACACGUUGCCCCCGCACCUUUAGACCUGUGCAGGAGUCUAUAUAUACUGUUGUAUACGAUGGAGUGUGCGUUACCACCAAAUAAAACUGAUGGGUGGCGUGCCCCCUACUAGUGCUGUC